AUGGCUGGCGGUACCUCUCAUGAUUCUGAGGCCCCAAAUACUCGUUCCAACUAUGAUGGUAUCAAUCCCAGCAAGACUUGGACUCCAAUUGAUGAGCAUGAUGAGCACCUAAAGGAGAUCUUUGAGCAGAAGCUCGGUCUAGCCACUGUGGAUGUGCUCAAGGUCACUACCACGGGGAAAAGUUCGUACAUGAGCUUUAUUCUUGACCGUCUGGACUUUCUCGACCUCCAGGCCCUGUGUGUCAGUGUCGCAGACAUCCCUCAGAGCGAAAAGAGCUUCUGCCAAUUGAUACCGAAAAAGGCGUGCGGCAAAUUGACAGAGAUCGAUCCUCAAAUAUAUGAACAAACUAAGGAAGCCAUGUCCACCAUAGCACGAUACUGUGGCGACUGGGAUCUAUGGGAAAUGCCAAGUCUGCUGAGCUCGGCCUCCCGAACAAUCGCCUACUGCAAAUACGCGUUAAUCGAACUAGCGCAAGAAAAAUACAGCUACAGUCUAAAACAGACUCUGAAAGUUAUUAUGCAAAAUAAAUAUAAGGAGAAGGAGUCCUGGGAUUGCGAAUUUUACAACGCUCUUUAUAUAACAAGAAGAAAGUUAAAGGCUCUGCAUGAAGCCGCAUCAGGCCGAAUGCGUCAAUUCGAUUUGACUUAUCAAGCUCUCGAUCUAAUAAAACUCAAGGUGAUGUGUUCCGAGAAGAGCGUCGAGUUCCUUCGAAAGCAUUACAUGGAUGGCCCAAGUCAAAGCCCUACUGAUGAAAGCGCCACGCAACCAUACGCAUAUAUUCUCAAUCCCGACCUCCAGAAAAGCAUCGACGAUGCAAUUAAGCCCCUUAUGCAAUUUCGAAACCACGAGCUUAAGCGACAAGAAAGCUCGAGUAGUGACCUCCUGUGCUGGUGGAUUGCGCCAGUUGGUAUCGUCUGGAUGCCAGGCUCAGUCAUCGAGCAAAAAGACCUUAUGAAGAAGAUUGAAAGGCUCCAGCACGACAUAGCGCGAGCAAGAACUGGCCAAAAAGAAACAACAGUUCUACUGGAAAAUGUCAAUUUAUUAACAAUCCAGUUCGAAAAUAUCCGCCGAAAGAUAGACAUUGCCUUAGAGGCGUUGUUACAGCUGAAGGAUUUCUUCCGGAGUCAAUAUGAGACUUAUGAGAGUCUCACACUCUACCUUGCAUUCCUGGAAGAAUACCCAAAUAGGCAGGCAAAACUGAGUCGCCGUCGAAGCUUUAUUAUGCAGGCUUUGAGGCAUUUAACUAGAAACCUCGAGCAGCUCGUAGCAGCGGCUGAGGAAUUCAAUGAGACCGUAGUCCGAGAGACGAACUUGGAUAUCUGGAAACUUCAUGCGUAUAAGAAUUGGGAGGCAGAUAUGGAGACCUCUUGUAGCAAAUUUUAG